CCACAACAUCAGCUGACUUCGCUUAUAAGUCUCCGUGUCAGACUUCUACUAGCUAGCCAGCAAAAAUGCGAUUCCGGUUUUGUGGAGAUUUGGAUUGUCCAGAUUGGGUUCUCGCCGAAAUCAGCACAUUAGCUAAAAUAUCAAGUGUCAAGAUGAAACUCCUGUGUGCGCAAGUGCUGAAGGAUCUUCUCGGAGAAGGCAUUGAUUAUGACAAAGUUGCAAAGUUAACUGCAGAUGCAAAGUUCGAGAGCGGUGAUAUAAAAGCCAGCAUUGCUGUACUGAGCUUCAUUUUGUCCAGUGCGGCAAAACAUGACCUGGACAGUGAGUCCCUCUCUAGCGAGCUGCAGCAGCUUGGCCUGCCCAAAGAGCACACCACUGGGCUGUGUAAAUCAUAUGAAGACAAACAUCCUGCCCUGCAAGACAAAUUGAGGGAGAGCAGUCUGCGCUUGGGCCGUCUGGAAGGUGUGUCUUGGCGGGUGGACUACACGUUGAGCUCCAGUGAGCUGAAGGAGGUGAACGAACCUACAGUGCAGCUGCGGCUCCAGGCACAGGGCCCAGAGUCAGGUUCCACAGAGACCACUGUCGUCUCCAUUACAGCAGACAAGUUCAGGGUCCUCCUGAUGGAACUCAAGCAAGCUCAGGCCAUGAUGAAUGCAUUACACUGAGGGGAAC